AACAUAGACUAGCUUGAUCAAAUUUGUAGCCAGAUACUUGCUUCUUUUUCCUCUAGCUUCUGUAUGUAUGUGUGUGUACGAGUUUCUGUCAAGUUUUGAUCAACUUGAUAGAAAACAAUGGCUUUCGAUCUUCCUUACCUUCUUUGCUUCCUUGUUCUUGCGCUCCUUCCUUGUUCCACCAUGGCUCAAAACAUAUCACUAGGCUUAUCCCUCACUGCGAAAAAGGACGAGAAUUCAUCCUGGCCAUCCCCAUCUGGUGAGUUUGCUUUUGGUUUUCAACAGAUUGUGGAAGAUGGUUUCUUACUAGCCAUCUGGUUCGAUAAUAUACCAGAGAACACUAUUGUGUGGUCAGCCAAUAGGGACAGACUUGUGCCACAAGGAUCAAAAGUUGAGCUCACCAGUGAUGGCCAAUUUGUGCUCAAUGAUACAAAGGGCAAUCAAAUAUGGUCGACCAAUUCUUCUAGUGCCGGAGUUUCCUAUGCAGCCAUGCUCGACACCGGAAAUUUUGUGCUUGCUAACCGAAACUCCACCUACUUAUGGGAGAGUUUUGAUCAUCCAACCGACACAAUGCUUCCCACACAGAGGCUAAACCAAGCUGGCAUACUCUAUGCUCGCUACACCGAGACAAAUUACUCCACAGGUAGAUUCAUGUUUUCACUACAACCUGAUGGAAAUCUCGUGUUCUACACAACACAUUUCCCUCAAAAUUCUCCCAAUUCCGCAUAUUGGUCAUCCCAGUCAGAUGCCCAUAAUAAAGAAAUUGGAUUUCAACUCUUCUUCAAUCAGUCUGGUAAUAUUUACCUUACAACCGAGAAUGGGACCAUGCUGAAUACGAUAGCACCAGCCAACAACAUUGUUGCAAUCCAAGAGUUCUACCAGCGAGCUACCCUCGACCAUGAUGGAGUUUUGAGGCACUAUAUUUACCCUAAAAGUAACAGCACAGGUGGGGGAAGUUGGUCUACUGCCUCUUUCAUACCAGAAAAUAUUUGCUUGAGAAUUGUUGAAGAUAAAGGAGGCGGCGCGUGUGGGUUCAACAGCUUGUGUGAGUUUGCUGAUGAAUUACCAACUUGUCAAUGUCCACCUGGUUACAGUUUUAUUGAUCCAGAUGAUAAGCUCAAAGGAUGCAAACAGGACUUUGUUCCACAAAGCUGCGAUGCUGGAGAUGCCCCAGCACCGGAGGAUGAUUUCCACUUUGAGGUGAGGCAGCACACUAAUAUGCCUCUUCAUGAUUAUGAGCUUUUUCAACCAGUGUCUGAGGAUUGGUGCAGGCAGAGUUGCCUAGAGGAUUGCUUUUGUGCUGUUGCCAUUUUCAAUGACGGCCAACAGUGUUGGAAGAAGCGACUCCCCUUUUCGAAUGGGAUGAUUGAUUCUAGUGUCCCGGCAAAAGCUCUUUUCAAAAUAAGGAAAGGCAAUUCUACUUUGAAAGGAGCCAAUUCAAAAAAGAAACAUGAUUCCACUUUGAUCAUUGUUGGAUCAGUGCUCCUUAGUAGCAUGGGGAUUCUGAACAUCAUCUUAGCUCUGGUAAUAUAUGUGGUUAUUUCUCAAAUGCAUUCUAGAAGAACUGUGGCUGUUCAACAUUUCCAAGGCAUGAACUUGAAGUAUUUCACUUAUGAGGAGCUAAAAGAAGCUACAGAUGAGUUCAAGGAAGAACUAGGCCGCGGUGCUUCUGCGACAGUUUACAAAGGAGUUUUAGCAUGUGACAGGGGAAAAUGUGUUGCUGUCAAGAUUUUAUACCCGAAGGUUGGAGAAAGUGAUUUGGAAUUCAACGCUGAAGUGAGAGCAAUUGGGAGAACAAAUCAUAGGAAUUUAGUCCAACUACUUGGAUAUUGUAACGAGGGGCAGCACCGAGUUCUUGUGUAUGAGUUUAUGAGCAAUGGUAGUCUAGCAAGCUUCCUUUUCGGAGAGGCAAGGCCAAAUUGGUUCCAAAGAAGGCAAAUUGCAUUAGGAGUUUCUAAAGGGCUCUUGUAUUUGCAUGAGGAGUGCAGCAGCCAAAUUGUACAUUGUGACAUUAAGCCUCAAAACAUUCUCCUAGACGACUCAUUCACAGCAAGAAUCUCCGAUUUUGGAUUAGCCAAGCUUUUGAGAUUGGACCAGACUCGAACUAUUACAGGAAUUAGGGGAACAAAAGGGUAUGUGGCACCCGAAUGGUUCAAGAACUCACCUAUCACACCAAAGGUGGAUGUCUACAGCUUUGGUAUUUUGUUGUUAGAGAUCAUUUGCUGCAGGAAGAAAUUCGACGAAGAAGUAGAAGAUGAAGAUCAAAUAAUACUUGCUGACUGGGCUUAUGACUGCUAUAAGCAAAAGAAACUACAUCUGUUGUUGGACAGAAAUGAUGAGGAAAUGGAAGACAUCAAGAUGAUGGAGAAGUACGUGAUGAUCGCAAUGUGGUGCAUUCAGGAAGAUCCAUCACUCAGACCUACCAUGAAGGAAACCAUUCAGACGCUUGAAGGAAUUGUUGAAGUCUCAAUUCCACCAGAUCCAUCUUCUUAAACAAGCUCCAUACUGUUAGACCUUGAACAUUAGUUA